AUGGGUGGCAACCAAGAAAAGUCUUCCUACCAUAGCUCACGCACCACAUCACCGUCAUCGUCCAGCAACUCAAGGUCCUCGUCGAAUGUCUCUUACAGGGAUGGUACUGCAAAAAACCAUAGUGUCACUGCCAAAAGGAAGGACAAGGUCGUUGUUAUCAACCACCACCAAGCGAAUCCGGCCAAAGACGAGCCUCGGGCAUCGGAUUAUUAUCACGGCAGAUAA